CAUUCUCUGGAGCAUGCACGGAGAAGACGGAAACAGGGGUGCGCUAGUUAGUUAUCGUCAGAAGUUGGUGUGUGCACCCUCUAGUUGGCUUCACAUCGUGGGGCAAAGCUGAGGGUGUUGUUGUUUGGUCCUGGUCCUGGGAAGUACUGUAAGAAAGAAAAUGGCUCACUCUGUUUAGUUUCGUGGAGCAUCAGCAUCAACGGGUAAGGCACAUCGUGGAGAUGACGAGAUACGUAUCUUCAAUCGCGAAAGGUAUAUUUAGGGCACCUCGGCCUCUUUCUCUGAACCUACCCUUACUCUCCUCUAUCUCACUUUUCCACUGUCCAUCUCCUUCACUUACACACAAACAAAACCAAAACCACCACCAUAAUCACAAUGUCUGACUCCGUCACUCCCCAGACCCCUUCCCACUUCGGUGAGAACAAGGGCAUCAAGUUCACCUUCAAGACUGGCAAUGCCCGUUACCAAUGUGUCCUUCAGGACCGCGCUCACUACGAGCGCACCAAGGCUUCUCGCCAGAACUCUACCGACUCUGUCUCCUCAAACGAGUCUACCAAGACUGAGAAGUCUUCCCACUAGAAUGUGUAUGGGAUAAUGGCGCCUCGAUAUACCUCAAAACAUAAAGAGGAUCAACGGUGACCAGAACGAACAAUCAAAAUGGGGGAGUUUAUUAUACCACAAUCAUCUGGCAUUAGCGACGGUUAUACAGGGACAUUUGGCGUCUCCAUGAAUCAAACAAUCUUUUUACUGUUA